GUGGGAGUCCAGCACCUCAGCCACCACCCCACCUGCCGGCCGGUUACUGGGUUUUGAUCCUACGGCAAGGGGUUCAUUGGCUGCAGCUGGCUCUCCACAUCCGUGACCAUGGAGUAGGUGGACGUACUUGGCAAGGGGCUGCAGCAGGCGAGGCCCCACCUCCUCCCCCCAGCUGUCCCCUGUUGUGACCCCAGCUCCCUGCAGGCAGCCCCUUUCCCUGCUGGGUGGAGGGAGCAGCCAUCCAGCUCUGCCCAAGUAACUGCUCAGCAGAUGUGGCCGUGACAACGGCCGUGCAUGUCUCAGAGUCCUAGAAAACCCAAGCCCCGUAGGAGGUAGGGCAGGAUUGUGUGCUGGGCGUUUCCCGGGCGGGGGCUCCCAGGCCUCCCUCCCCUCUCGGGCUUGUGUGUGGCUGUGUUGUUUUUCCCUCUGCUCCCUGCCAAGUCUGGGAGGGUUUCCUGGACAGAGGUCCCGUGGCUGCUGCCUUAAGACGCUCAGCCCAGGCCACGGCUGCCACUGCUGUCCGACCCAGGGCCACUGCAGCCACCGCCGCUGCCCCGCCCACACGCAGCAUGGAACUCCGGGACGCCUACUUGCUCCUCUGCCUCUGCUCCCUCCUGACCCAGGUCACUGCCGAGCCCCCGACCCCCAAGGUCAAGAAGGCCGCGAAUGCCAAGAAAGACGUCGUGAGCCCGAAGAUGUUUGAGGAGCUCAAGAGCCAGCUGGACAGCCUGGCGGAGGAGGUGGCCCUGCUGAAGGAGCAGCAGGCCCUGCAGACGGUCUGCCUGAAGGGAAUCAAGGUGCACAUGAAGUGCUUUCUGGCCUUCGCCCUGGCCAAGACCUUCCACGAGGCCAGCGAGGACUGCAUCUCACGUGGGGGCACGCUGGGCACCCCGCAGACGGGCGCGGAGAACGACGCCCUGUACGAGUACCUGCGCCAGAGCGUGGGCGGCGAGGCCGAGAUCUGGCUGGGCCUCAACGACAUGGCCACCGAGGGCGCCUGGGUGGACAUGACCGGCGG